AUGCCUGUGCAGGUGGUGUUGCAGGGUCCCGGGCCGUGGGGCUUCAGGCUGGUCGGGGGAAAGGACUUCGAGCAGCCUCUGACUAUUUCCCGGGUGUCUCCGGGAAGCAAAGCAGCCCAUGCCAAUCUGUGCAUCGGGGACCAGAUCCUCGCCAUAGAAGGAGAGUCGACCGAGGGCAUGACGCACAUCGAGGCCCAAAACAAAAUCAAAGGCUGCGGAGACGAGAUGGCGCUCUCUAUCGACAGGUCGGAGUUCAAGAUGUGGUCUCCGCUGGCCUCAGAGGGCGGGAAGGCACAUCCGUACAAGAUGAAUCUCAUCUCGGAGCCUCAGGAGGUGAAGCACAUCGGCUCCGCUCACAACAGGAGCGCUCUGCCCUUCAGUGGCUUCGGGCCCAAAGUCGUGACAAACCAGUACAACAACCCCGCCGGCCUCUACUCCUCCGACAACAUCAAUGACUUCAACUGCGCCGUGGACGAAGUCAAGACUCUGGUCAACGAACCAAACAACAAAUCCCCAACAGACACUCCCAAAGCCACCGUCAAAAAGCCGCCCGUCCCUGAAGGCUCUGAGGUUUACAAAAUGUUGCAGGAAAACCAAGAGUCUGACGAACCACCGCGACAGUCUGCCUCCUUCAAAGUUCUGCAGGAAAUACUCGAGACAGGAGACGCUGAAAAGCCCUCAGGAUUCAGGAGUGUGAGGGCCCCCACAAAUAAGAUCGGAGCCUCGGUGGGGAACGCAGACAAACUGCCCGCAUGCGACAAGUGUGGAUCAGGCAUCGUGGGAGUUGUGGUCAAACUGCGGGACAAGUUCCGUCACCCGGAGUGUUACACCUGCACGGACUGCGACACAAACCUCAAACAAAAGGGACAUUUCUUUGUGGAGGAUCAAAUCUACUGUGAGAAACACGCACGGGAGCGAGUCACGCCUCCAGAAGGCUACGACGUGGUCACUGUGUUCCCCAAGUAA